CCCAGAUAUCACAUGAUCUGUAAUCGACUUUAUUAACUGUGCAGUUUCACUUAGAGCUGAGAGUUCCCGGCCAUCUGAAGGCGUAAAUUUCACGAUGUUGAUACUAGGAUAUUGGGACAUCCGAGGGCUGGCUCAUGCUAUCCGUCUUCUGCUGGAAUAUACCGAGACUCCCUAUGAAGACAAACUGUAUGUCACAGGGGACGCACCGGAUUAUGACAGGAGUCAGUGGUUGGAUGGAAAGGAGACUUUAGGCCUGGACUUCCCUAAUCUACCGUAUCUGUUGGAUGGAGAUGUCAAACUGACUCAGAGUAACACAAUCCUGCGCUAUAUUGCAAGCAAGCAUGGAAUGUGCGGUGAAACUGAAAAAGAGAAGAUAAAUAUGUCCCUGCUCGAAAACCAAGCCAUGGAUUUUCGGAUGGGUCUAGUUCGAAUUGCUUAUGACCCCCAAUUUGAAACACUGAAGGGCUCGUACCUUGAAAAUUUGCCUGUUGCCCUUGGCCGUUUUUCUCGCUUCCUUGGAGGCAGGUCUUGGUUCGCAGCAGAUAAGAUUACCUUUGUUGACUUUGUGAUGUAUGAUGUUCUGGAUCAGCACAGAAUGCUGGAACCUACUUGUUUGCAACACUUUCAGAACCUUCAAGAUUUCUUGAACCGAUUUGAAGCUCUUCCUACUAUUGCUUCAUACAUGAAGUCACCACGGUUUAUGAAGACUCCUAUAAACAAUCGAAUGGCAUCAUGGGGCAAUAAGAAAUAAGUGAUUUCAUCCACUACUGUAUCAAUCAGACAUUAGUUAAGUGGAUAACCCAAUUAAUGAAA